UAUAAGAGAUAGUUUUAAUUGUUGAGUUAUGUUCAGUUGAAAAAUGGGUUCAACACUACAUCUAGCAACUUUCUUCGUGGCAUUCUUUGUUGGCGUACAGUGCUUCGGCUUGCACAGACCGAUGCCACACACUUACCAGCCAGAGCCGUGUUCUUCAUCAUGUGAAGAGAUAAAGACUCUGCUAAAUCUUGCCCGUCUUCUGGAUGAUGAAGAAAAACCGAAAAGUAAAGCGUUCAACCCGGAGGAUUUGAUUAUGAAAUUGGUCAAUGCUCUCGUUAUAACUUCAACGGCGCAAAAUAAAUGCAAUUGCGAUUAUGGUUAUAAUGGUAGAUCAGAAUACUCGGGAGGGCGAGGAACAGCAUCUAGAGGACAAAGAGAUGGCUUAGUCAACCUGGACCUAUUGAACCCAAACAAUCCUAACAAUGUCGCUCAAUUGGAUCUUGGGAAGCAAACCAUUGCUGGAGUCGGUCUCGGAGACACCACUAAUGGAGUCAUCGGUGGAGCGCUCAAAGAUCUUCUGUAGUAUUUUUAGUUAUUCUUACAAUCAAUGUAACAAUACAAAUAUGUACCUC